CGAUGUACUAUCAUUCCAAAACAUAGCGGCAUUGUCAGAAGAGUUUUUGAAUUUUUACUGUUAUAGAAGAAAAAUCACCAGAAAACCGAAAAGCAGGUACUCCAAAAGUCAGAGACUUGAAACCACAUAUUUACCAAGAUGGCCGCUACAAGGGAGAAAAGAAGCAAUGCUGGGAAUAAAAUGUCCCGUCUGCUGGAAGCAGAAGAUGAGGACGAGUUCUACAAGACUACAUAUGGAGGAUUUAAUGAGGAAGAAGAUGAUGGUAUCUAUGAGUCUGAAGAGUCAGUUGAUGAGGACACUGAUUCAGAUAUUAGUAUUGAUGAAAACGAUGAACUGAAAAGUGACGAUGAAGAUGAAAGUCAAAAGAAAAAAAGAAGAGUAGUCACAAAAGCCUACAAGGAACCACUACCAAAGAAGAAACCUGAAGAGAAGAAACCAAAGCCUAAAACAGAAAAAGUAUCCAAAGUUCAAAUCUACCACACACCAGAAAAAAAGAAGCUCAGGAACACUACAUCAGAAAAAUCUAAGGCGCGGGAGGAAAGGGACAAACAGAGAGAGGCCCGGGCCAAGAUGCUGAAGGACAUGGCUGCCCACAAGCGGGUGUCAGAGGUCAGGAGGCUAACCCAGGAGGAGCUGCUGGAGGAGGCCAAAAUCACAGAGGAGGAAAACAUGAAGUCCCUGGAAAACUAUCAAAGAAUGGAACUGGAGAGAAAGAAAAGCCGAAUUUCCAAACAGAUACACAAGGGCCCAAUCAUUCGUUACCAUUCCUUGACCAUGCCUCUUAUCGAGGAACUACCCCCAGAGCCAGAAAUCAGUGUGGAUGAAGACAACAGUGGUGAAACACACAGAAGAGUUGAUGAAAACGAAAAGUGUUCACGGACAUUUGUAACAUUUACAGACGAAAGAACCUUUAGGGACUAUUUCUCACAGAAAAAGCGUAAGGUUCCCAGCAAACAGUUUUGUCCGGUUACCAAGUUACCAGCUAAAUACUAUGACCCUGUGACACAGACACCGUUUGCUAAUUUACAAGCUUUUAAGUGUAUUCGAGAAGCUUACGCCCAACAGUUGGCGGAGGAGGCUAACCAGCGAAAAAAGUAGUUCUAAUAAAAAUUUUGAUAUUAUG